AUUAAUAAGUGUAAAUGCAUUCUCAGUAUAAGUGUUGUCAUGUAGUUAUAUUGAUAUAAAAAUUAGUGAUAAAACCUCCAGUUAAUCAUCGAUGUACGACAGUGUUUGACACGUCAAGAGACUCGGCUUGUUCAAAAGGAAUUUUAAGGGUACCAUGGCCUCAAGAGAUCAAAAAAUAGUUUUAUUUGAUGUCGACGGAACAUUGACCGCUCCGAGAUGCGUCAUAACUCCCGAAAUGGAAAAAUUUAUUUUGGAAGAAAUAAAACCAAAGGCCACAAUAGGUCUGGUGGGGGGCUCUGACCUUGAAAAAAUGAAGGAACAAAUGAAUGGAGAAAACGUUUUGAAAAAUUUCGAUUACGUUUUCCCCGAAAACGGGUUGAUUCAGAUAAAGAAUGGAGUGGAAAUUGGACGAGUUUCCAUCCAAAAGCACGUCGGAGAAGAGAAGUUACAAGAAUUUAUUAACUACGUUCUUAAAUACAUGUCGGAGUUGAAAUUGCCUUUUAAACGAGGGACUUUUAUAGAAUUUCGAGCUGGUAUGUUCAAUAUAUGCCCAGUGGGUCGGUCUUGUUCUGUGGAAGAAAGGCGGCAAUUUGCUGAGUACGAUGCUAAACACAGAGUACGAGUGAAAUUUAUAGAAGCUCUUCACAAGCAAUUUCCAGAUUUAGGAUUUUCCUUUAGUAUAGGGGGCCAAAUCAGCUUCGACGCUUUUCCCCGAGGUUGGGAUAAAACCUAUUGCCUCCAAUUCUUGACGGAAUUUCCGGAAAUCCACUUUUUCGGAGAUAAAACGGAUAGAGGAGGCAACGAUCACGAAAUUUAUUAUCAUCCUAAGACUAUCGGUCAUAAGGUCACUUCUCCAGAAGAUACAAUGAGCCAAUUGAGGAACCUGUUUUGUUAAUAUCAGCACCUAUCUCAAGAUCAGAGGUCAGAGGAACAUAAACAAUGGCCGCUCUAAUAUAUUGAUAAUACAAUUUUAACAAACAUAAUUUUAUGCAAAAUAUAAUAUAUAAGUUUUAAUGCUAUUUUAUAUGGAAUCAGGGGUCAUAAACGGUGGCCGCUAUAAUAUAUUGAUAACCCAAUUGUACAUAAUUUUUAUCCAAACAAACACAACUUUAAUGCAAAAUAUUUUAUAAAACAAGUUCUAAUGCUAUUUUAU